AGAUACCACGUUCCCAAACUCCUCCACCUCACAAGCCACCCACUAAUAUCCCAAACCGUCUCAAAUUCCCAACCCUUCACUCCAAAAUCCAAAACCCCAGUUCCACCUAUACACACCGUUUUGGCGCGUUUACUUGCCCUCCAUGGCGAUGGCUGCGCGCGUUAUUCGCUGCGAGCUGAGGAAGUUCCAAAGCCCCGCGGUCCGCGGCGUCGAACCGAUUGCUCCGGUUCAGGUUCCGAAACCGGCGGCUUCAGAUCCGAAGAGCGCGAAGAUCGUGCUUCAGCCUCGGCUCUGCACUCUGAGAUCGUACGGCUCGGAUCUGGUCAGGGUGAUGAAGACGAAGGACGAAACGACGUCGCCGUUCUUCGCGACGCUGUCGGAGUACAUCGAGAGCUCGAAGAAGAGUCAGGAUUUCGAGAUCCUGUCGGGUCGGCUGGCGAUGGUGGUUUUCGCGUUGACGGUGUCGGUGGAGGUGGUGACCGGGAACUCGUUGUUUAGGAAAGUGGAGGUGGAGGGGAUUGCGGAGGCGGCUGGGGUGUGUUUGGCUGCGGUGACGUGUGCGGCGGUUUGUGCAUGGCUCACCAGUGCCCGAACCCGAGUGGGUCGGAUCUUGAGCUUGAGCUGCAACACGUUAAUUGACUCGCUCAUUGACCAGAUUGUGGAUGGCUUAUUUUACGAUGAUCCCACCGACCUACCUUAGUGAUUGCUGGAUCGAUUUUCCCAUCUCCAAAGUCAUCAAACAAGCAGAGCAAAUACUAUUAGAUUAAUAAAUAAUGACCAAUUUACAUAUGUGAUAGGAGUGAAUGUUGUGUUUGAGUGUGUGUGUGUAUAAAUAUAGUAUCAAAUUAAGUUCAUGAGUUCGUCAUCCUCUGUAAAAUUAACCAUUACAGUUUACAAGGAGAGAUCUGUAGUCAAAUAAAUCCAAAUUAUUAUA